UUGGUGGUGGCCCUUACCGUAGUCACUGCUAUCUGUGGCUUGGACAGUGGCCAGCAGAAGAGACUCUUUGCCCUGCCCUUAGGCCUUUUCAGCCUGUGGAUCGACGUGUGGAGGAACGCCUCUUUGGUGGCAGGGACGGAGAGAAUUAGGCAAGAGAUGUGGGUUCACUUGCCCUGUGUAGGGGCUUAUCUUGGGCUAAGCUGAGGGACUAAUAGCAAAGCCAACCUCCGCUCCAGCCAGUCUAAAGGCACAGGGAGCCAUCUGUCCAUUCUGUGGAUAAGUGACAACAAAGGACGUAAACACGGAAUACGGAGAACAAACUAAGGGGUUACUCCAUUAGGAGCUGUCCAAUUUAAAGGAGACGAGUGAAUGGUUGGCAUAUAAGGUUUGGAAUGGAAGCAAGGAGUUUGCCAUUCAUUGCUUUAUAGUAUUUACAUAGAAGGUGUGAAAACACAGGGCAUGUCUGAGAGGGAAGAAAUGGCCUCAGAUGGAAGCCUGAAUGUUACACUGACACUGAGGCUAUUGAUGCACGGAAAGGAAGUUGGCAGUAUAAUUGGAAAGAAAGGGGAAACGGUGAAGAAAAUGAGAGAGGAGAGUGGCGCUCGCAUCAACAUAUCAGAGGGAUCGUCUCCCGAGAGGAUAGUGACCAUCACAGGACCCACAGAGGGAAUCUUCAGAGCUUUCUCCAUGAUUGCGCACAAGUUUGAGGAGGAUAUAACGGCGGCAAUGACAAACAGCAAUGUAACCAGCAAUCCGCCUGUGACACUUCGCUUGGUUUUCCCAGGGAGCCAGUGCGGUUCACUGAUUGGAAAAGGAGGAUCUAAGAUCAAAGAGAUUCGAGAGACCACAGGGGCUCAGGUUCAGGUGGCAGGAGACAUGCUGCCGGAUUCGACCGAGAGGGCUGUCACAAUCUCUGGCACUCCACAGGCCAUCACUCAGUGUGUGCGACACAUCUGCUCCAUCAUGCUGGAGUCUCCUCCAAAAGGAGCCACUAUUCCCUACCGUCCAAAGGCCAUACCUGCUGGAGCCCAUGCAGUAUUAGCACAACAGCAAGCAUUUGCACUUCCAGGGCAAUAUGCUUUUGCUCAUCAAGAUUUGACCAAGCUUCACCAGUUGGCUAUGCAGCAUAUCCCCCUCCCUUCCCUUGGGCAGAGCAACCCUACCUUCCCUGGAUUGGAUGCGUCUGCCCCCACAAGUUCACAGGAGCUGGCGAUACCUAAUGAUUUUAUUGGCUGCAUAAUUGGAAGACAAGGCAGCAAGAUCAAUGAAAUUCGCCAGGUCUCGGGAGCUCACAUCAAAAUUGCCAGUGCCACUGAUGGCUCAGCUGUGCGCCAAGUCACGAUCACAGGCUCACCGGCAAGCAUUAGCGUGGCCCAGUACCUCAUCAGCGCCAGCUUAGAGAUGGCUAAAUACACCAUGCAGGCUGCCGCCGCUGCGAACCCAGUUGAUCUCAACAUGAGCUACGCUCAGUCUGCUUCCACCGCCUCCAAUGCUGCUACCUCUCUCGCCGUCCUGGCGGCCACCACCCCAGCCCCCACCAACAUUAACGUCCACUCUCCCUCAACAUUACAGGCCAUCCAAAAUCCCCACUAUGCCGUCCCUGUUUCCAGCCUGCUUGGCAUGAAAACACUACCCGUUCUGGCUGUCCACCCAGCAGCUGCUACCAGCCUAACACAGGGUUUAGCCCCUUACACAGCAAAAAUACCAACCUCUGGCAUCAAAAAGUCUGAGCGACAGAAGUUUGCUCCAUAUUGAGUAAUCUUGGACAUGUCUGUCUAAUUGGAUACCAGAUUAUAAAAUGAUGGUCAAUGUGUCAAUGGCUGGCACAAGUACUAUAUGCAAGGUUUCCCAGUGCAGCACUUGCAUUCCAUUAAUUGGGAAUGCGUAUUUUUAAUAGGCGGCAGAGGUGUGUAUUAACUCAAUUGCAUAGUAUGCUAUGUGCGAACUCAGGCUUGCUUUGAACCCAGGAAAAAGAAUAAUUUUCUUAUGGCUUUGUGUCCCAGAGCUUUAUAUGAAGACUUACUCCAGGAGAUUUGUUUCUUAAUAUGCAAUGUUUACUUUCUGUGUUCCCUCCUAGACCUCUUUUUGAUAGUGAAUUAAAUUUCUGUAGGCAGCAAGCGGGGAAAAUGGGUUGUUGUGUACAAUAAAGGUGGUUGUGUUUAGUGUAAUUAACAAGGAUUGCUUCAUUUUUUUCUGUCAUACUUCUCUAUGUUCCUUCACUGUAGGCUCUCAUCAGGGCUAACAGGCUUGGGUGUUCUGUAGUAGCGUGGCACUGCUGCAGUUCUGAUGGGAUUAUUCUAAAACCACGCUGGAUUCUAGUGGAUUUCACUCUGCACAAUAAUCCUGUAGAGCAGGACUGGUCCAAACAACUCAUUUAUUGUUUCUGCUUGUUUUUUGUUCAAUCUCCAUCACAACUGAUUAACCAUUUAUGUCAGAAACUGUUACAGCACAGGAAUUGUAAUAUGGUACUUUCUUUUUUUUUUCAUGCGUUCUUGGUGAUGAAGCACUGCAGUUUUGUAAUGCUUGAUAUUAAUGAUAUGGAUUUGGAAUAAAUGUGACUUUUUAUGAAUAAAAA